AUCGAUCUCUGGGAGAAACACCAGAAAGCCUGCUGAAAUGGAAAACUACUAAUGAAGGAAGGAUUGUUCAUCUCUUAGGCUUCCAUUUGGAUGGGCCUGCCUUAACAUUGUUUGAAAUGCAGCGUGAGUAGCUCUUUUGUUUACUGUUUACUUCCUUGUGCCAUGUCAACCCCGUACUUCUUUAUUCUGUUGCCUUUGCUUGAGAUGGUCCUGCUAACCCACAAACCUGAUUGGAAAUGGCCUCAAUAAACGUGGAAGAAAAUCUAGCAGGUUCACUUUUGGAAGACGACAAAUCGGAGCAGUUGCUGAAGUCCAGAUUUCCAGAAGGAAGGACUGUAGAAGACAUCUUUGCUUCAGGGAGGCAGGGAUAGAAGCCACAGAGACCAAAGAAAUAAUGAGCACCCUGGGGUCAGGAGGCAGUCACCUCCAGGGUCUGACUUCCAGAAGCUCCAGAGAAGAAGAGAAAAAGCCCAGUCAUUUUGGAGCUGGGAAGAGCCUGGAACUUGACUUCUGAUUCUGUGAUUUUGAGUUUCAUAGAGGAACUGAGAAACUCCUCUAUAAAAAGUCCCUCUCUCAUCUCCACCGGUCGGAGGCUUUAGUUUUUGGAAGGACCUGCGAGGUCGCCGGCGUCUCCCAGGUGAAGUUGUUCUAAAUUUCUGACGGCCAAUAGGCGCCGAGGAGCUGCGGUUUCUGCCCAAUGAGGCUCACAGCGGAGCCAUGGGCGGAGCCACUGAAGGGGGCGGGAACGGAGCCCCGCCUCGGUGGUUACUACAGUGUGUGGCGCCGGCUGUCCUGUGCGGAGCCAUGAGCUGGACCUGCCCGCGUUGCCAGCAACCCGUUUUCUUCGCGGAGAAGGUGAGCUCCCUGGGCAAGAACUGGCACCGCUUCUGCCUGAAAUGUGAACGCUGCCACAGCGUCCUGUCCCCAGGAGGGCAUGCAGAGCACAAUGGGAGGCCGUAUUGCCACAAGCCAUGCUAUGGGGCUCUCUUUGGACCCAGGGGGGUGAACAUUGGUGGUGUGGGCUCCUACCUCUACAACCCUCCCACUCCCACCCCAGCCAGCACCACUCCCCUCAGCCCCCCAGCAGUUUCAGCACCCCCAGGCCCAGGGACUGGCCUCCCCCAGGGCAAGAAAAGCCCUCCCCACAUGAAGACAUUCACUGGGGAGACUUCACUGUGCCCUGGCUGUGAGGAACCUGUCUAUUUUGCUGAGAAGGUGAUGUCUUUGGGCAGAAAUUGGCACCGACCCUGUCUGAGGUGCCAGCGCUGCCGGAAGACCCUGACUGCUGGGAGUCAUGCUGAGCAUGACGGCGUCCCCUACUGCCACAUCCCCUGCUACGGCUACCUGUUUGGCCCCAAAGGUGUGAACAUUGGUGAUGUGGGCUGCUACAUCUAUGACCCCGUGGAGAUAAAAUCCAAAUGAGAUGCUCACAGGAGAGGUCACUCUUAACUCAGGCCUCAUACCAUCCCUUCCAUGAUGCAGUGGGAGCUACAGAAUUCUCCAGUCCCACAGGGGGAAGAUGGUCUUCCAGUGGCCUGGGCCUAGGCUCCAUGGUAGACCAGGGAGUCUAGACUUUGCUGAUUCCUCCCUUUCCUGUUCCUAUCUGGUUAGGAGACAUAGGUCACCAUAUUUUAAAGGGUAGCCUCCUGGCCUUCCCAGUCCCUUUCCCUAGCAAAUUCUUUAACUUCAAGGUACUUAAAAAACGUGUUUAUUCUGGCUUCUCCAAUAAAAUGUUGGCUCCCAUGCCUUCAACUCUUCUUUGGGCAUGAGGCCUAAACAAUGGGUUGGAGGAUGGGAGGUGUGGGGUGGAGGAUGCAUUACCCUGCAAAGUGCCUGGUAGGUACGGGGCCAGCCAUGGGAACAAAGAGCUCUAUUCUCCUGGUACCCUGGUCCUGGGCAGCUCCCAGUACCACACAGUGGACAGCAUGUCCACCAGCCUUUUGGUGCCAGAAGUCAUCAUAGGGCAAUCCCUUCUUUAGCACCGUCUCUAGAAGAAG